AUGUCGGCUCCCCAGGCUACGACCAAGAAGUUCGGCAAGGGCGAGAGGACCAUCCCUCACCACACCGAGAAGGCCGCCAAGUACUACCCGGCUGAGGAUGAGCAGCAGCCCCGCAAGGUUCGCAAGGCUAUUCGUCCCGCCAAGACGCGUGCCUCGCUCCAGCCCGGCACCGUCCUGAUCCUCCUCGCCGGCCGUUUCCGCGGCAAGCGCGUCGUCCUCCUCAAGCACCUGCCCCAGGGUGUCCUUCUCGUCACCGGUCCCUUCAAGGUCAACGGCGUCCCUCUCAGGAGAGUCAACGCCCGCUAUGUCAUCGCCACCUCCACCAAGGUCGACCUGAGCGGCAUCGACUCCGCCAUCGUCGACAAGGUCGGCGCCGACGGCUACUUCGUCAAGGACAAGAAGGAGAAGAAGGCCAGCGAGGAGGCUUUCUUCAAGCAGGGCGAGAAGCCCGAGGCUCGCAAGCCCGCCAGCACUCGUGUUGAGGACCAGAGGUCAGUCGACAAGGCCAUCCUUGCCAACAUCAAGAAGAGCGACCCCUACCUCCUGAGCUACCUCGGCUCUACCUUCAGCCUGCGCAAGGGUGACAAGCCCCACGCCAUGGUUUUCUAA